AUGCUCUUCCGCACAUCCGCCCUCUGUAUGGCAGCCAGCCUGAUCGGCGUGCCUCUCGCCGCGGCCCUGCCUACGACCGCCAGCUCCGGUCUGGCUCUGAGCUCUCGCGACGACACGCAAUGCGAGGCAGGCACGGCCUUUUACGCCUGCAAGCUCAACAACUUCCGCGGUUGCUGUUCGGUCGACCCGUGCGCCCUGCAAGAUGGCUGCCCCGACCAGACCGACGACGGCUCCCAGCCUCCUCUCGGGUCUUGCCCGGCGAAGGGCGAGAAGACCAGGCUCUUCCAGCCUCAGAUGCAGACUCUCAUUCUCCCCGACACCGAUCACCCGAAGCCCGCAGAGAACUUUGACCUCAUCAAAUCGAAUACGACCGAACGCCAGCAGAUUGCCUCGUGGACCCUCCCCUCCGAGGCCAAGGACUGUUCCGUGGGAUGGAGCAUCCCCGAGGAACGAAACUUCUCGGCCGGACACACGGCACGUGUGACAGUGUUCGAAAACGAGGACAACGAGCGUUUGGGAUCGGCUGACUUUUCCUUCUGGCCGGAAACGCCGGGCCCGCGCUCCAACCUGGUGGCCGCCGUGGACUGCAAAGAGAACCUAUCGCUUCGGCUAGCAAUGGUCCUCAACGAUCAGGUCUUCCUGGAACAAAACGAGGAGACGGGCUGGUGGGUGGAGUACAGCUGCUAG